AUGGAGAAAAUAGGAUUCGCCGAAAUUGAGUUUAUUAUCAAAGAGUUUCGAUCGAAUACUAGAACACUAAUUCAACAAGAAAAUUUGGCGAACGAAUUGUUUCUACGAGUAAAACAAUAUCUUCCUCAAAAAUGGCCGGGACAUGAAAAUACUUCGCAUUGGGAUCUCGGUGUAAUUAAUGAACAAAUACGAUUCUGCAAAUAUGAGCCGGGUCAACAUUUUUCUCCUCAUUUCGAUGGUGUUUUCAAACGAGACUUUAUGGAGCAAAGUCAACUGACAAUAAUGGUAUAUUUGAAUGACGAAUUUGAUGGUGGAAAUACAAAUUUUUUAGAUGAAAAACGAAAGCAGGCUGAUGGCACACAUGUAUGUCUCAAAGCACUCAAACCGCAAACUGGAAUGGUACUCAUAUUUCAACAUGACAUGUAUCAUGAAGGGGAAAAAGUGAGCAAUGGAAAAAAAUACAUCAUGCGAAGGUAAUCGUCUCGGUCAUCUGACUCUGUUACUGAAGUGAAAGAUAGUAUUUACUUUGAGCACCAAAUUCCGUUCCAAAUGGUCAGACCGCUGGUUGCUUUUUGAAUAACUUUUGAUAGGAAUGAGAUAGAGACCUGCGAUUUUCGCUGUUCAAUAGCCAAGACUUGAGCAGAACUUUCCACAAGCGCAAACAAC